GUGACAGAUUCAAGUCUUUAAUAUGAUGCGAGCGGAUGGCUGGGCACUUCCUUUUCUUUUUUCUCGUGUUAUCUACGAUGAAAUAGUUUCUUCUGUGAAAUAAGAAUUGCGUAUGAUGUUUUUUUUAAUUUAGUGUGAUCUAAAUUAAAGGACCUUCACUCUCAGGAACAGAAAGUUAGAGGAAAUAACUGAAAUCGUAGAUUGGAAUUUGAAAAAAGUUAAUAAAGUUGGAUAGUUAUUCGUGUUUUAAUUCUUAGAGGACUCAAUUCAACAACAUUGAGCAGAUAAUAUGACGCUUAAACCACCAACGAAGAAGGAUUUGACAGCAUUUUUUGCUAAUGAUAACCAUGACGAACCAGAUGAAGUGUGGAAUAUUAGCGCACCGAAAAAGAAAAGCUUGUUUUGGUCAAUAUUGACUCCUUACUUAAUAACAUCUGUUGAAAAUGGAACGUUUCGUCAAAACAUCAAAUUACUGAUUGGUGAAAAUCCAGACGAAAAAUUAAAAAAUCUGAGUAAAGAGUUGAAUUUUGAUGUAAUUGAAAAAAGAGUGAAGAAUAUCAAUCCAUUUAAAAACAUUCACACUCUUUAUUUUGAUGAAAAUCUCAUUACGUUAUUGACAAUCUUGAAAAAGAGACUGAAUCGAAAGGCAGGUAAUUUGUUGAAUAACAGUGAGGGUAAUUAUCGAAAACUCGAGGCUGCUGCUAAUAUGCUAAUGUGCAAUAUCGAUCUUUAUGAGGAAGACUCAAACAGGAAAAGUUUAAAAUCGUUUAUUUCCCCUUCUUCAAGUCAAAAGAGUACACGUUGGAAAAUAAUCAUUUUCAGUCAAGUUGAGCCAUCAAGUAUAAUUUAUGGAUUUGGAUUAAGUAGAAACUAUUCUUCGAAUUUACAAACAAAUGCUUUAAAACACAUUUUUAAAACAGCUGGUCUACAGCAGACUGUAAUAUCGGAUAUUAUUAAGCUACUUCCUUGUGAACACUUAUUGAUUACGCUUCUUGAAAACUCAUUUGGACAUGUUAUUCCUACACUCUUUAAGUCGCCAUACAUAUUAAAGAAGCUUAGUGAUGCUGAUUAUGAGCUAAAUCCUUUGACAACAGAUGUAAAUGGUGUUUCAGCAUUUUAUUGCUGUAUACUUUUAAAUGAUUGGAAUCUCUUUCGCGUACUUUAUAAUCAGGCUUCCAGAAAGGAUUAUUUUCAUCAAGAAAAUGCUCACGAAGACGAUAUUUUAAAAAAAUUGACAGCCAUACAUGAAAGAAUUCAUGACGAUUUCCGAUCUAAAGGUUUUUCCAAUACCUCUCAAAGAAUGUAUGAUCUUAUAAUGCGUUUUAAUGAGUAUCAUAUUGAGAUUGAAAGAGGUGUCACUUCUAUAGGGCAUGAUUCAAAAGCACAAGUAAGUGAGAAACUCACCAAAACCAUGUUGUUUAUCAUAGAUAAAUACUCAGAAUAUUUCCACUACAUGAAUGCAAAAACAGAACUUGAUAAGUAUGAAGAUUUCCUCCAAAAUUAUGAAUAUCAUAGAAUGGUAGAUGAUUUAACUUGCUUGUGUUUCUUUGAUCAUUUCUUAUCAUUAAAGGUUGAAAUAAAUGAACAAAAUAAAAAAACCUUCAUUGAAGUACUAGCUUCUCUGUUUUUGUAUUUUUUGAGCAAGUUGAAAUUCGACAAAGACAUUUUCUUUUCAGAUUUGGUAAAUUACAAGACUGAGACGAAAGCUAAAUAUUUCAUUAUUUUUUGCUAUCGUAUGAGGUGGUAUAAAGCAUUAUCAUCACUGUCUAAGGAACUGAGCAGAGGUCUACCUGAAUUAAAAGAUUCAAACAUAAUUAAAAUUGUCGAAAACUGCUUGUCUGAUUACCCUUUGAUUAAAGAAGAAUUUUCGCUAGCACGCCUCCAGAUGUAUUUAAAAAUAUCUGAAGAAGUUGAGUUUUCAGGCAACGAAAUAAAAUCUGCAUUAGCUGUUUUACGCACGCUGCAAGUCAUUGGAGAAACAUUUCGAAGCUCAAAGAAAGGUAACAUAAUAACUCCAUUAUUAGAAUACUGCAUACCCAUCAAUGUUGUGAAAGUACUACGUAAUAUUCGAGAUAACUGUUUGUCCCAUUUGCAUGCAAGCUUUACUCAAGGCAGAAAAGCACUUGAACAACAAAGUUCGUUUCUGUUAGAAAUCCAAAAAGAAUUAAAAGACGUUGCAGAAGCAUUUGAGCCCAUAUUUGUGAUGCAAAUAUUUCGUGUCAGGGAUUUCAUGAUUACUUAUGGAAUCGAAGAAUCAAAAAAGUACGACAAUGAUUUGUUUAAAAAGCUUAACGAUAUGAAAACCGAAAUAUAUGAUUUGAAACAAGAGCAUUAUGGGAACCAAGAAGACAAAUACAUUUCAAUAUCAAGUACAAUGCUAGACUUGAUACCAGAAAAUAAUGAAAUUAAAUAUGAUCGAUUACAAGUUCAUUGUGAGGGUCUGAAAUAUUUAUUGUCAUUUAUGUCUAAACACUCGAAUCAUUGUGAUAUUGAUGAUUUUAUCCAAGAAGUAGAUAAAAUAGACAAUAUAUAUUUAGACGGUAAACAUGAAGAUUUAUCUAAAGACUCGAUAAAGGAAAUCAUUGAUGUUUUUUCUGAACUGAAACAGAUAUUUAUUUCAAAAUUUGGGGGAACACAGAGAAAUUCGACAGUAAAAUCUUUUCCAAACUUGAAUGUUAUUUUCAAAACCGUAAUGGAAUGCGAAAUAUUUUCUCCAACAGAUCAAACGAUAAUAAGAAAAAGUUUUUCAGAGUUUUUAGACAAGGCUAAGCAACAAAUUAUUGAUCAUGUAAACGGCACACAAUCAAGCACUGAAUUUGAUGAAUAUUUAAAAUACCUAAUUAAAGAAAAAAAGGUAAGAAUACAGAUAAAACAAAGUAGGCAAAAUACAGACGAAGCCUUAAACAUCUUAAACAAUAAUUCGCGUUCAGUUGAGGACAUAUUAGGUAAGAAAGAAGAAACUUGCUUCAAACUUAUGACUGCUCUAAGUGAUGAUAUAUAUAGAAAUGUAAUUCCAAAUCUAUGCCUUACUAAAAGCAUUCAUGAUAAAUUGAAUGACUUAAAAACCCAGAAACUAGAUUUUCUAUUGGGGAGGAUGAAAUAUUUGGAAGAAAUAUUAAUGAACGAUGAUGAUUAUUUAAAGAAAUCACGAAUUUAUGGAACGAGUUUAGAGUACAGAGAUCAUACGAAGCGACUCCUAAUGCUCCGCUACACUGAGGAAAUGGACACUAAAACUGCUUUAGAAAUGCUUCUCUUGGACUGUCUUGAGAUCUUGAAGAAAAGAGAUGCGUUUAAGAAUCUAUGGCUUAAAUCUACAGAUCUAUUCUUUGGUAUAAAUAUUCGAAAUACUUUGUCCCAUGGUUGUCCUAUUUUGGAAGUGUCAAACGAUCUGCUUGAUGCUAACAAUUUACCAAUGGAAUUUAUAAACAUUGCUUUAGAACUUAUCGAAGAUCAAAAAGCUUUAAGAGCAUUAUAUGAGAUCUCGCGAAAAUCAGGAUCACAAGGAAAAGAACUGCGGUUGUUUGUAGAGAACAAUUUAGAUGACAAUUCAGAUCUUAAGAAAACAUUAGUACAAAGUGAAACAUGGGAGCGUUAUUUAUUUCUAUUUUUGAACUGAACUACCCUUGUAAAUUCUAAAUUUAAUGCAAAAAUUACUUUUUCUUCUAAGAGUGAUAUUUUUAAAUUGUAUUUUGAAUUUGCUGUAAAAAUCAAUUUUUUAAGGAAAAAAUAGCCGAACGAGUGAUUUUACAGUACUCUAACAUUUUAUUUUGUUUAUUACAUUAUAGGUUUUUAGCUUGUGUGUGUAAAAAGUUUUAAAGUAGGGCUGUUCUGCGAAAUCUCUUUCGCCAUAAAGCUUUUUAGCAGAAAGCAUGCUAUUUUUAUACCUCUUGUUAUUUCGUAACAGUUAUUUAUAACUUUGUUAACUUUUAUAUAUUCACCUAGUCAAUUUUUUUCAUCAGGGUAGUACAUAAAGUUUAAAAUUGAAGCAUUGUGCUAGAAAAUCAAACUGAUGAUUUUUUUCAUUUGAAUAAAAAGAGUUUGAAAAACUCCCUUAAACCUUUGACACAGAACUUUUAUUAACCAUAUUUUUCACAAUUUUUUAAUUAUUUUGUAUUAAUUUAGGCCGAACAACAUGGCUCACUUCUAAUUUUUUUCCUAACAUGGCUCACUUUUUUUUAUAGGUAAAAAAUACAAAAAUAUAUUUAGGUUGGAAAUUAAAGCGUCAUAGAAAGAUAAAUAUAAGGGAUACCGGUGUACCAUCUGCAUCAAAGGGCUUACUGAACUACAGUAAGCCCUUUGAACUGAACUACCUUGUAAGUAAUGAACUACAGCAAACACUGUAUUUCACCAGUUUAUAAGUGUUUUACAAUUUAUAUAUAAUGAUUCAUGUAUUACAACAACAAAUAUCUCUUAUUCGGACAAAGCAAUUGAAUCUCAUGAUUGCUUAAAAAAUUAUUAUUUAAAUUAGAAUAAGGUCUUAAAAGAUUACUUACCUUUUGUAAUAGAGAGGGUUCUUAUUUGUGUGAUUUGCUACGACUGCUGGUUUAACUAGAAUGCAUGAAAAGUAAUUUUUUAGCAUAAGGCUUGCAUAGAGUUAAUUUAGUUAACCGAAUGGAUUGUGUACGGAAGGAAGGACAAUAACUUUCUUUUCUCAAUAUCGAAUAACCUAAAUAGACUAAGUAAUCAUAGUGGAUUGGGUUGAUAAAAAUGUACAAGCUCUCUUUCAGGAUCAAAACCAAAAUAUUUUUUAAUUAUUGUAAUAAUGUUUUCUAACAAGUACUGUACAAUACAUACUGAACAUACAUACUCGCUUUACGUUAAUGUUUUGUGUAUGUACAAUUUUCUAAAUUAUGUCAGAAUUAUCUAAUUUCAUACCUUGUUUUCUUUCGCUGAAAGCUCUGUACACUGUGUGUUCUGUAAUUACUAAUCGCAAUUAUUUUAAUAUAUAAUAUUGAGGUCAUCUUUGAAUGUUUCGUAUAUGUACAAUUUUCUAAAUUGUGUCAGAAUUAUAUAAUUUUAUACCUUGUUUUCUUUCGCUGAAGCUUUGUACACAGUGUUUUUUGUAAUAACUAAUCGCAAUUAUUUUAACAUAUAAUAUUAAGGUCAUCUUUGUAUGUUUUGUAUAUGUACAAUUUUCUAAAUUGUGUCAGAAUUAUCUAAUUUUAUACCUUGUUUUCUUUCGCUGAAAGCUUUGUACACAGUGUGUUCUGUAAUAACUAAUCGAAAUUAUUUUAAUAUAUAAUAUUAAGGUCAUCUUUGUAUGUUUUGUAUAUGUACAAUUUUUUAAAUUGUGUCCAGAAUUAUCUAAUUUUAUACCUUGUUUUCUUUCGCUGAAAGCUUUGUACACAGUGUGUUCUGUAAUAACUAAUCGCAAUUAUUUUAAUAUAUAAUAUUAAGGUCAUCUUUGUAUGUUUUGUAUAGGUACAAUUUUCUAAAUUGUGUCAGAAUUAUCAAAUUUAAUACAAUGUUUUCUUUCGCUGAAAACUUUCUAUACGGUAUGUUCUGUAUUAACUUAUCUUAAUAUAUAAUUUUUAGGUCAUCUUUACAUGUUGAGAUCAUUUUUGUAUGUUUUGUUUACAAUUUUCUAAAUUGUGUCUGAAUUAAAUUUUAUACAGGAAACGAAAGAAAUAAAAACAAAAACAUGACCUUAUACCUUGGAUUCGUUCGUUGAAAAAAGUUGUAUUCAGUGUGUUCUACAAUAACUAAUCUUAACCCUUUGUUUACGGUAUACCAUGUUGUACGGCCACAUGUGGUCCACAUGUUAUACCAGCCGUAAGCAAAGGUUAAUAUAUAAUUUUGAGGUCAUCUUUGUAUGUUACGGUUUGUUUAGAUACAAUUUUCUAAAUCGUGUCAGAAUCAUCUAAUUUUAAGCCUUGAACUCUUUCUCUGAAAACUUUGUAAAGAGUAUUUUUCAUAAUGUCUAUAAUAUAGAAUAUUAUAUAAUUUUAGAAUAUUUAUAAAAAUGGCACCUUUUAUAGGACAACUAAUAAUAUUUUAUUUAAAAGAGAGAUAAAAAAAAGUUAUCGAAAUUUGUUAAAUCACUAGGGAGAAAGGUGCUAUAACUAGUGAGGAAUCAAAAUCAGUUUAAUUGCCCGAUGAGCUUUGAAUGUACUUCGAAAUGUUUCAUCUCUGUUUCUUCUGGCAUUCAAACAGAUUUUGGUAUUUUUGUUAUUUAAUAGCGUUUUGCUAAAUUUUUGAAAUGUUUUUGUUUUUAUACUUUCUUAAAUAUAAAUUUGCGAACCCUAACAUCUAUAGUUUUUUUUACAUUGAUUCAAAUAUAUAUAUAUAUAUAUAUAUGUUAUUGAUAGUUAUUUCUGAACUAUGUGCAUUACUAGCAUUCUCACCAAAAAGAUUUUCUGUUGAUUGAACAUUUAAUAUUAAUACAAAGUAAAUUAUGAAGUGUGUUUUCGUGUUUUGAUUUUGCUGUAUUUGAAUUUAGUGUGUAUAAUUUAUUUUAAGGUAUGAUUGGAUGUUUUAUCAUAAACAAAUGUUUUAUAUUUAUUUA